CACUGAUCAUUUACACUGACGAGGUGUGUAUCGUGCAUUUAUCAGCAGUUAGAAAAUUGUGAAGGAGUAGAGGUCAGAACGUGGCAAUAGUCGACUUGUGGUGACUUAAACGCGAAUUUAGUAAACAACGUUAUUAGCUGUCCGUAUAAACUAUGUGCUUUGGAAGAUACGAUGGAAAUAUGACUAGUGUCCAAGUGACUCUGUGAAUUUAGGUUAUUUUGUGUGCGUUUAAAGUAGGACGUCUAUUUUUCCCAGAUUUGCCUUCAAUUAUUCAGUACUGGCUUUCACAAUGAAGGGUUUAAAGAAAAUCUUUUUGUCUCCACGUAAGCUUACAACACAGCACAAUGACGUUGCCCAUCCAGCCUCUUUGUGGCGAUAAUACAUCGUUACCAUUACGUGGAGGUGUCACUGGAAGACGAAGAGUUUGCCUAAGCGCAGCUUGGGCUGAUCCACCUACACGACGAGAAAGACGACGAGCCAUUUGCUCUUGGUCCGUCGGUUAUGGUACGCUAACAGAACAGGACGAAUCGCCAAUCAAGCAAGAUUUUCUUCAUAAAAAAGGAAAAGUGGCUGACAACGCCACUUUACUGGAACCGCGGGGCCGCCGUCUAGUCAACUCCAUCGCCAGCACUCAUGCAUCUCCUUCGGCGUCUCGCCGGUCCCGCAGCAAAGUGGAUCUCCUGGCUAUGCCUGGCCUUAAGACCCUUGUAAAUCGUCGCCGAAAUAGCGGAUCAGAAACCCAAGCGCCGUUGGUAAAGCAAAAUGGCAGCUCAGCUAGUCUUAUCAAACCGGCUGCCAGCAUGGCAAGUUUACGGAAGUACGAACCCGUACUUGCACUUACUGGAGUUCUUCGAUCAUCGUCUUCUUCAAGCAGCGUCGAACCUCUACAACCAGUCAACAGACUAAGGAUACCUCCGCAAGACUCAACGUCACGGUUUUGUUCGCGGUGUUCCAGUAUACUCACACUAGCUUCCACUUCGCGGUACUCGUUGAAUUCGUCCACAGGGGGAUUUGUACCCAUUCUAAAGGAAACGCUACUACUUUGUAAACUUUGUCUUGUGGAAGUGCCUUCGAAAGAUGCGUGCUGUAUUGAAGACUGUAAAUGUUCCUUUUGUGCAGGGUGCAUGCGUGUCUACGUCGAAUUCGAAAUAGCGCAAGGAGCUUACGACAUUUCAUGUCCUGACGCCCAGUGUCCAUCUAAGGGAGUCUUGCAUGAAGAAGAGAUAAAAAGACUGGCUGGAGAUGAUUUAUUUGAGAAACAUAAAAAGUACAGAUUAAAUAGAGAAAUAGAAUUAGAUAAAAGUCGCACAUGGUGUCCACGGGCCGGUUGUGAAACGGUGUGUAAUUUAUGUCCAACGCAACAGUGUCAACCUCACAGUGUCCAUUGUCCAAAUUGUACAACAGACUUUUGUAGUAAUUGUAAAUUAGAAUGGCAUGAAGGUCUAACAUGUGAAGAAAACAACAAGAAAUUGGCAAAAGAAGGCAAAGUUGAGGAACCUGGCAUACCUUUCAAUUCAGAUCUCAUUAAAUGCUGCCCCAUGUGUAAUGUUCCUAUUGAAAAAGACGAAGGCUGUGCGCAAAUGAUGUGUAAAAGAUGUAAACACGUUUUUUGUUGGUAUUGUCUAGCCAGUCUUGAUGACGAUUUUUUACUUCGGCAUUAUGAUAAGGGACCUUGUAAAAAUAAAUUAGGCCAUUCUAGAGCUUCUGUAAUUUGGCAUAGAACGCAGGUUAUUGGAAUAUUUGCCGGAUUUGGAAUCCUACUUCUUGUCGCUUCUCCGCUGCUUCUACUAGCUGCACCAUGUAUAGUAUGUUGUAAGUGCCGAGUGUGCAAUGCAGGGACCACUAAAUUAGACAACGAAGAAGACGUUCCUGUUGAAGAACCUUGAUGUGUUUUACAGUGAAAUUAAUUAUACGUUCUUAAUUGCGGUCGUGAAGAUAGUUUUUUAAUUUUACCUGAAUAUUUGAGAAACGUUGAAGAAAAACGAGUUUAGUUUGCACAAUAAAAGUACGAAAAAGUUAAUUAACUAAUUAUAAAGGUUAUUAGUUCAUUUCUUUAAGGUUUCUCACGUCACAAAAAUCAUGUCUAGUCUGGCAUUCAUUGCAUACGGUAUUCGUUCAACCAUCACUGAUUUGUUAAUGUAUGUUGGAGUUUAAACAUGGACGGAAUCUGUGAUAGAACUGUGAUUAUGAAUAACCGUCUGUGUCUUGAACUUAGUUACAUCAUUUAUUUGCUGUUUCAAUUUGAAAUUUUAUAUUUUAAUGAUUAGCUGUUGAUUAGAAUGCUGUGAUAUGGGAGGAGUAGUACGUAUGAAGUAUUACUAAUAAUAACAAUUAGGGAGAUUUAAAGUGCGAACGUUAGGAUAAAUAAUUUUAUUUCAUGUUUUAUAAUUUAACAAUGUUAUUAUUAUGUUACUUUGUGUACAGAACAUUCUGUUUUAUGAAUAAUGUAUUUUUGUUUACUUGCAGUAUUCUACUACACAGCAAAUUAGACAAAGUGAUUUUAAGGCCUUAUUAUCUGUACAGUUUCAUUGUUUAUUGGUUGUUGCAUCUUUUGUUUUGUUUAUUUUUUCAAUCGUAUGUUUAAGACUUAUUUCACUAGAACACAGCUGCUUCAUAUUACACAAUUACCUUUCUCUAUGAAGACAAUUGUGCAUAUAAAAUAAUGUAGCUACUCAUUUAAGUACCUAGUUAUGUACCUAUUAUAUAAUAUCCUAGAGUUAAAUUUAAUAAUUUAACAUCCUGCAUAAAUUUUAUUCGUUUGAUUUUGUUUAUAUUUCUCUUCACAAAAUUCCACUGUUCACAUUUACUGACUUACGCUGUACCUACAUGUACAUAAUGUUAAAACAUCAUAGAUUUAAUUAGGUACCAUGUACUUAUUAUUAAUAA